GUUGAUAUUUCAAAAAGCAAGAGGCAUCGGAUAUAAAAAUAACAUGGCGAAUGUACCAACAUUCGCAGGUGUAUUUACGUUGCUGGUCGUUCUUUUGAGCGCCGUCUGCAUCGUUUCGUCAUGUCCAACAGGAUGUUCAUGUUCAGAGUUUCGCAACAGCAUCUACUGUAGCAGUAGCACCUUGCCCGGUUGGCCCGCUGAUUCCGGUGUCACAUGGUCCGUUGAUAGAUUACAGAUCAUAUGUAGGAAAGACGUCCAGAUUAAACACCUCAAAAAGGAUGAUUUCGCUCACUAUGCCAACAUAACCCGCCUUGAUAUCAUCCAGUGCGGUUUGGAGGACAUUACAGAUGAUACAUUUGAAUUUUUAACACGUCUCACUACCUUUAGUCUGCUUGGAAACAAUCUGAAGUCCAUUCAUCAGAAUACUUUUACGUUGAUAGUGAAUUUAGAGGAUUUGAACCUAGCCCACAACGCCAUUGAAACUGUCCCUGAUAAUGCGUUCAUACACUUGAAGAAACUGAAGUCACUUAGACUGUCUUUUAACAAGAUACGAAGCGUUGGAAAGCAUGCAUUUGAAGAUCUUCCGGAACUGGGCGAUCUUUACAUAGAACACAAUGAAAAUCUCUCAUUUGUUGAUGAAGAAGCGUUUCUAAACUCCCACAUUGAUUAUCUUAGAAUAGGCCAUAGUAAUCUUGACUCAGGCUUCGUGAAAGCAUUAAAACCUUUGCAGGAUGGUCUAAUCAGGUUAGAUUGGACAGACAAUGGAAAGGCGUUGAACCUCCCUGCUGAUUCAUUUGAGGGAUUCAACCUGGCAAGUCUCGAUUUGAGUAGAAAUCAAAUCACAAACAUUGACUUUUUGCAGAAGACUGUCUCGGGGUUGAUUAAGCUAGAUUACAAUAAUAUAACAGAUAUUGAUUUAUCUAAUUGUCCACUCCCGACCCUCGUGACUUUGUACCUUAAUUCGAAUCAGAUCAAACGUUUGGAUCUGACAACUUUCAAGCAUAUCACCACCUUAAGGUACCUGACGCUAGGCAAAAACAAGAUUGAAGAGUUAAUAGGGACGCUAGCCCCCUUUCAGCAUAUGCUUCACUUUGGUGCCCCUGGAAACAAAAUCAGACAAAUUCCAAAUGGAAUGUUCAAGGAGAAUAAAUUUCUGACAAGAGUUGAGUUAUACGACAAUGACAUUGCUACCAUUGAUGGCAGUAUGUUUCCACGGGAUGGUGUCUUGACCUAUCUGGAGUUAAAUGGGAAUAACAUUGAGACGAUUCCGGUAAGCAUGGAGGCUGUGAUCAAGAGCACGAUGCUUGAAGACAAUAGAGGCUACAUGCUUAUCUAUGAUAACCCUAUUCACUGCAAUUGCGAGUUAAAGUGGCUCCGUAAGCUACUAACAAAAAGGGAUGACCUUCUGAGCAUCAAGUCCUUAGCUAAGGUACAAACUAACUGCACAACUCCAAACAACAUUAACUUCCAACUGGUAUCGUUAGCUGAUAUGGCAUGCGAUGUACCCGUAUUGGCGCCCGUAUUGAUGCCGAUAAACGACGACCCUCUGUGGUGCAAUGCAUCGGGUGAUCCGACCCCAAAGGUGGAAUGGAGAUCAACAAGUGGGACAAUCCUUGCUUCGAAACUACCAAUCAGAACAACGCAGAAAUUCAUAUCAUUGCCCUUGCCUCAAAGUGACUUGCCAGAGGGUGGAGAUAUAUUGUGUGUGGCAAGUAGCACCCAGGGGAAUGCCACUGCGCACUUGUACACUUUUGGUGCCAGCUCUGCUCGGGCACACUUCACAAACGUUGGCAGGUUAAUUGCUGCUGCCGCGAUUGCACUCCUCAUUUGCAUUAUUUGAGACAAUAUUUAGUGGCACUCUGCCUCAGUCGCAAGGACUCUUUUAUGAGCUCUGCCUGCAUUAAAAUACUCGUUGAGUUUUUUAAUGAUUUUUUGUAUUCAAGUAGGCU